GGAGACGGAAUAGAAUUGUUCUUUUUCUUUCCUCUCCGCUUACAUCUCCUUUGCUUUGACUUUCAAAAGUAAACUUUUCAUCUCCGCUUCCUUCUUAUGCUAGUGGAAUUUCGGCUUUAGGAAAAAGGUUAGAGGUUAGUUUUAUUUUGCUGACGCACACUCGACCAGAGAUUGACAAUAACGCUCAAGAUCUUUUGCAUGCAACACCAUCUAGAUAACAAUGAAGAUUUUCUGUGCUGGUUUGAGCCGGACCGGAACAAAAUCGCUGGCCGUGGCCUUGCGAAUACUCGGCUAUAAUGUGUACGACAACCCUGAACAGAUGCUGUACUUCAUGGACGAAUGGGAGGACCUUUAUUAUCGCGACAAGGCGCCAAACUUUAAAAGAAUGUUCGCAGAUGUCGACGCCGUCAUCGACGCGCCCGCGAAUGGUUUUGUAGAGGAGAUCUUGCAGGAGUUUCCUGAUGUAAAGGUGAUUCUGACAGUGCGCGACCCAGAGGCACAGGCUAAAAGCUACAGCGAUCUUCUUCGCGGCUUUGCUGCCUCCUGGUUCGUAAGACUCAGUGUUAUUUCACCAACUGGUCGGCGAUUCACGCCUUUGAUAGGAACUGCACUGGGGUCCACUUUGGGAAGCGGCGAUCCGCGCAAUACUUAUCUUUUUCGACAACGCUUCCGAUGGCACAACGAGCGAGUAAAAGCCCUAGUUCCCGCCAAACAGCUCCUUGUCUACGAGGUUAAACAAGGAUGGGGCCCACUGUGUGAAUUCCUUGGCAAAGAUGUACCGGUCGAGCCGUUUCCCCGAGAAAAUGUCCAGUGUUCUCUUAUACCGACCUAUCAGUACAUAUUUGAGAUAGGGAGGAUCAUACGAAGAGAGGAAAACAUAGUCUUGUUUCUAGCCUUAACUGUUUUUAUAGCGUUGUGUAGUUUUGGUUUGUUCUUGCUAACUUAGAGAUAGGAAUACUGAAUAACGAUUGAGUCAAACACACGCAAAACUGUCUGAGAAAUGUGAAGAAAGCGAAGUCAGUAAGCCAAGUGGCGUCAGAUUAUAUUAGUUAUAGAAAAUACCCUGUGGUCUUUUUUGGUCUUGCGGGCAUUCCUUAUCCUAUUAGGUGGUUGGUAAUAGUUUUAGCAGGGCAAACGGAAGACGCGACAAAAACAAUGCUCUCACUAUUAAGGAUCAAUUCUAAAUUAGUUUAACUAUACAUAAGUAGAUUUCCUUUUUGUACAUGGGGACACGCGUGCCAGCCAAAUUUUGUGGGAAUUCAUCCUUGAGCUAGUGGUGACUGGUUGUAAGUUCACACUUUGUCAGUUCACACAUUGUCUUCCCGCCUUUGUCAUUCAUUUUUUUUUUUUGCACGCUCAAUAAUCAACGCGAAAAUCGCGUUGGCAUUAUUUACCGCUACAAAACUAAUGAGACAAUAUCAAAGUAUUGCACAUCUUUUAAUCAACUAGUGUUGGGGUGAACAAUUUCUUUAUUACAUUUAAACGCGAGUGUACUUAAUGCCUUGAAACUACAAAAAUUCACACUUUUUAUGAUUAGGUUUAUAGAUGGCCCCUGGUUUAUACCCAUAUGUUACCAUGGAAAGUUACCAUGCGUUUGUUGUAGCAAUAAAAACUCUGUAUCCUACUAAACAUUGAGCCUUUUUACUGUUGUUAGAUAAAAUAAGCAAAAAUAAUGAUGAACUAUUAAAUUUCCUUGUGUUAAUGUUUUUUUUCUAAACGUAAUUCGCCACCUCAACUAGCAGAAUGCAGCACGCACCCUUUAAAGCUUGCACCAAACGAAGCGGCGCUUUAUGACGUUAGUGGAGGUAGUGUUGUUGGUCCUGUGAAGUUAUUGUCUUAUACGUGUUAUACUUAUUAUACAAAAAGAUACUAUAAUCCAGUGA